GCACGGGUUACAACCCGGCGCAUGUUAGAAACUACAAGCUUCAAUACGGUAACGGAGAAACUAAUGAAAGUGGCGGAAAUCUCAAAGAAACACUUCAAUUAAUUUAUCUUCUUUUUCGUUUAACCCAAUUUCAUUCUCCCAACAAAUCUCUUCUCUUCAGCCUCUUCUUCCAAUUCCAUUCUCUGCACUCCCUUUCGCGUUCUCCCUCAUGGAGUCCACUGCUGCCAUUCGAUCAUUUCACCAUCCCAUAGGCAUUAUAUCCCACGUGCGAUCCUCAAUUGAUAGGGCAGCUGUAGUUUCCUGCCAUAAAGUCAGACGGAACUCUAGUAAUGGGCUUUUUCAGCAUUUGACAAAUGGCGAGAAGCGCGUCUACUCUCACAGCAGGGGUAAGAAGACACUGGUUUCAUGUGCAAAAACAGUGGAACCUAUCAACACAACCAAGUCUGAUGCUUCUUCAGACAGCACUCUGCAAAACUCAUUAGAGAAAAAGUCAUUGCAAACUGCUACUUUUCCUAAUGGAUUUGAGGCUUUGGUAUUGGAGGUAUGUGAUGAGACUGAAAUCGCUGAACUGAAAUUAAAGGUCGGUGAGUUUGAGAUGCAUCUUAAGCGAAGCAUUGGAGCAACAAACGCUCCAUCGUCCAACAUUUCACAAACUAUACCACCACCUAUUCCAAGUAAACCUAUGGACGAAACAGCACCAGCUACUCCACAGUCAUUGCCACCAACAUCAUCUCCAGAAAAAGCCAAUCCAUUUGCAAAUGUUUCACUACAAAAGUCAUCAAAGUUGACAGCAUUGGAGGCUUCUGGUAUCAAUACAUACGUGUUAAUAUCAGCUCCUAUGGUUGGUCUAUUCCAAAGAGGUAGAAUAAUUAAAGGGCGGAUGCUUCCUCCUAACUGUAAAGAGGGUGAUGUAAUCAGAGAAGGUCAAGUCAUAGGGUAUUUGAAUCAGUUUGGUGCUGCACAUCCCGUUAAGUCAGAUGUAGCUGGAGAAGUGUUAAAGCUACUUGUUGAUGAAGGAGAUCCUGUUGGUUAUGGAGAUCACAUGGUUGCCGUCUUGCCAUCAUUUCAUGACAUUAAGUGAUCCAGCAUUUUCCUGCCAUUGAAGAUUUAAUUAUGCGGCAUUUAUAUUGGCAUAUUGGUAAACGUUUUGAAUAGAUUGAGAAAUAAUUGUUUGUGCUUAAAUAUUAGGGGAAGGGUAUACCAAUUGCUCAAAAUUGUAUUUUUAUUAUGCUAAUUCCUAGAUCACCUUAUUACGCGUCUUAGUGAAUGUACUCAAACAUGAGAUUUUGCACACUAUGAACCGAUCCUAGUACGUUUGAUUGCUUGGUUGAUUUAUUUAUUUUUCUGUAAAAGAAAAAGGUGUAGAACUUGUUUUGGGAUACUCGGAUCAUAAUCGGUAAACCAUGCAUUGCUAGAA